GAGGAGAGCGGCAGGCUGACGUCGGAGUUCGGGAGCGCCCUCGGCAACGCCAGCACCUCGGGCCCGGCUCCUCCUGCAGCUCGGCCAGCCACGCCCACCCCGGGCAUCCGCGUCGACGAGCAGGACGAUGCCGAGGUGACCACGACGACGACAUCGGCGACGCUCACCUCAACGACUGCGCUCACGACGCUCACGACGCUGGCGAUCCACGCCGGGAAUCUUUCCAGAUCCACAGAUCUGGAGGCGUGCCCCCGAGGAUCUGGCGGGGCGCCGGAUGCGGAUAGUUUCCGCCCCCCCCGGGGGCUGGGCAGGGGCCCACACCCGGCGCCCUGCGAGGUCCUCGCCGUGCACGCCUCCAGGCUGGCGGAAAUAGGCGUCGACUACACGCAAGAGUGA